AUGAUCCGCUCCGUCCCCGUGAUGGUCGCCCUCCCGGCCAUCCUCCCGAUCGCAUGGGCACUGUACUUUACGCACCAGAACCCGGUCGCCGUGUUCGUGUGUAGCCUGCUCGCGAUCAUUCCCCUUGCCGGUGGUCUGGGUUUCGCCACCGAGGAACUCGCCAUCCGCGCAGGCGAUGCCUGGGGAGGCCUGCUCAACGCAACCUUCGGUAAUGCCGUCGAGCUCCUCAUCGCCAUCCUCGCCCUCGUCAAGGGCGACCUUGACAUCGUCCAAGCCUCCAUGGCCGGCUCGAUCCUGUCCAACAUCCUGCUCGUCCUCGGCAUGUCGUACUUUGCAGGCGGCCUGCGCUUCCACGAGCAGCUGUACGCCGUCGUCGGCGCCCAGACGCACAUCUCGCUCCUGGGUAUCUCGAUCGCGGCCGUGCUGCUCCCCGAGGCAUACCACCUCGCAUGGCCAUCCACCGUCUCCGAGGUGGCCGGCACGCCCGCGCCGACCUCGUCCUCGCCCACGCUCCGCGGCCUCGGCACCAUGGAUCCCCGCGAACAGGCCAAGAUCCUCGCCAUGUCGCGCGGCCUAAGCUUCAUCCUGCUGGCCGUGUACGGCAUGUACCUCACGUUCCAGCUCUGGACCCACGCCUACCUGUUCAAGGUGGCGCGCGAGGCGCCCGACUCGCUCCCGCCCCCGUCCACCGCCCACGUCUUCCCCAAGCCCCACUGGGUGCCGUCGCUCCACACGGUGCGCAGCAACAACGAGAGCAAGGAGGAAGUGCGCGUCAGCAUGACGCUGUCGUCGCCCCGCGCGCGCACCCCGUCCACCGACGCCGACGAGCUCGCAGGAAGCACGCUCUCGCCUCACUCAGCCGCCGCCGGCCGUAACCGCGCCAACUCGGCAGCAAGCAGCAACCUCCUCCCGCCAGGCCAGGACCUGCGAUACCGCGAUCGCCGGGCUGAGAGCGAGCGCUCGGCGUCCGUCUCGUCGCACGGCGACGAGGAGCGUGCCGUCGCCAUGGCACCGCCCAACCCCCGCCUUGUCGUCCCGCACGCCAAGCCCCGCGCAAAGAUGUGGUUCGCCGUCGCCGCCCUCGCAACGUGUACCGGCCUCGCUGGUCUCACUGCCGAGUGUCUCGUGCACUCGAUCGACGGCCUGACGGAGCGCACCAACGUGUCGCGCGAGUUUGUCGGUCUCAUCUUGAUUCCAGUCGUCGGUAACUCGGUGGAACACAUCACCGCCGUCACCGUCUCGCUCAAGGACCGCCUCAACCUCUCGCUGUCGAUCGCCGUCGGCUCCAGUGUCCAGGUAUCGCUCUGUUUGCUCCCCAUCCUCGUGCUGGUCGGCUGGGCCAUCGGCCAGCCCAUGAGCCUGCUCUUCGACACGUUCGAGACCAUCUGUCUCGUCAUCGCUGUCGUCCUCGUCAACUUUGCCAUCGCAGACGGCCGCACAAACUACCUCGAGGGCUUCGUCCUCAUGUGUACGUUUGUCGCCAUGGCCCUCUGUUGUUGGUACUACGACCCUAUUAGCUAG